AUGAGCCAUGAUUUAGAGCAGAAGUUCUUGUUAGGUGGCUGCACUCUCAAUGGCAAUGGAGAGACACAUGGGAUAAGCCCAGGAGAUGCUUUUCUAUUGGAGUUUGUGAGCACAUUUCUGCUGCUCUUUGUGGGCAUAACAGUGGCUUUUGACAAGAAAAGAAGAAAGGAAGUUGGCCAUGCCCUGGGUUUGCUUCAUGUUGUCAGCACCAAUGGGGCUAGGAGUUUUCAUUUCAAUAACAAUCACAGGGACGGCUGGCUAUUCUGGCGUUGGUCUCAACCCAGCAAGACCUUUCCAACGAAGGGUUUGGUGGUGCUGGAGGGAGAACACGACAUUCUGAGCAUAGGCGAGGCCUGCUUCAAAGGAAGCAGCACUCCUGUUUAUAUUCAGAAGUACGAGUAA